AUGUCUUCCACCAGGGGUCUGUGCUUGACUCAGGUCGGGAAGUGGAUGUCCUCCACCAGGGGCCUGUGCUUGACUCAGGUGGAUAAGUGGAUGUCUUCCACCAGGGGCCUGUGCUUGACUCAGGUGGAUAAGUGGAUGUCCUCCACCAGGGGUCUGUGCUUGACUCAGGUGGAUAAGUGGAUGUCUUCCACCAGGGGCCUGUGCUUGACUCAGGUGGAUAAGUGGAUGUCUUCCACCAGGGGCCUGUGCUUGACUCAGGUGGAUAAGUGGAUGUCCUCCACCAGGGGUCUGUGCUUGACUCAGGUGGAUAAGUGGAUGUCCUCCACCAAGGGUCUGUGCUUGACUCAGGUCGGGAAGUGGAUGUCUUCCACCAGGGGCCUGUGCUUGACUCAGGUGGAUAAGUGGAUGUCCUCCACCAGGGGCCUGUGCUUGACUCAGGUGGAUAAGUGGAUGUCUUCCACCAGGGGUCUGUGCUUGACUCAGGUCGGGAAGUGGAUGUCCUCCACCAGGGGCCUGUGCUUGACUCAGGUGGAUAAGUGGAUGUCUUCCACCAGGGGCCUGUGCUUGACUCAGGUGGAUAAGUGGAUGUCUUCCACCAGGGGCCUGUGCUUGACUCAGGUGGAUAAGUGGAUGUCCACCACCAGGGGUCUGUGCUUGACUCAGGUGGAUAAGUGGAUGUCCUCCACCAGGGGUCUGUGCUUGACUCAGGUGGAUAAGUGGAUGUCUUCCACCAGGGGCCUGUGCUUGACUCAGGUGGAUAAGUGGAUGUCCACCACCAGGGGUCUGUGCUUGACUCAGGUGGAUAAGUGGAUGUCCUCCACCAGGGGCCUGUGCUUGACUCAGGUGGAUAAGUGGAUGUCCUCCACCAGGUGUCUGUGCUUGACUCAGGUGGAUAAGUGGAUGUCUUCCACCAGGGGCCUGUGCUUGACUCAGGUGGAUAAGUGGAUGUCUUCCACCAAGGGCCUGUGCUUGACUCAGGUCGGGAAGUGGAUGUCUUCCACCAGGAGUCUGUGCUUGACUCAGGUGGAUAAGUGGAUGUCCUCCACCAGGGGUCUGUGCUUGACUCAGGUGGAUAAGUGGAUGUCCUCCACCAGGGGUCUGUGCUUGACUCAGGUGGAUAAGUGGAUGUCCUCCACCAGGGGUCUGUGCUUGACUCAGGUGGAUAAGUGGAUGUCUUCCACCAGGGCCCUGUGCUUGACUCAGGUGGAUAAGUGGAUGUCCUCCACCAGGGGUCUGUGCUUGACUCAGGUGGAUAAGUGGAUGUCUUCCACCAGGGGCCUGUGCUUGACUCAGGUGGAUAAGUGGAUGUCUUCCACCAAGGGCCUGUGCUUGACUCAGGUCGGGAAGUGGAUGUCUUCCACCAGGGGUCUGUGCUUGACUCAGGUGGAUAAGUAG